CUGUGUAGUUGGUUUGUAAAAGUUGAUCAAAGUGAUCAUGUGAUCAAUCUUUGCGGAAACCAGCGGAAACUAUCGAAUAUUUCCGAAAAUCGAUAAUACUGUGACGAAUGAGUCGUGUAGAGCCAAUUUCAUAAUGUAUGUACACAAUGAUACGGAGAUUCUCCAUAAGAAGAUGGCGGAAGAUGGUGCACUCUAAUAACUAUGUAAAUAGAAAGUUGUAUCUCGUCGAGAUACUGAUUUUGUAUACUACACGAGUUAAGGUAUACCGUUUGUUGUAAUAUAAAUUUAGUCAGGAUAAAGUAAUUAUAUAUAGUAUGUAACAUACAAAUUUUGCCGGCACAGAAUACUGGUAUAAACCUAACGGAAUUUGCUAAUAGAAUAUAUCACGUAAUUGACGGUAAACCCGCCGUCGAGCAGUUUUGUAUUUCGUACAUUUAAAUGGAAUAUUUCAUUUAAAUAGCUACAAAAUGACAAAUUCUACUUGGUUUUGCUGUCGAUCUGUUGUCAGAUUAUGUUAGCAAGUUCUACCGGUAAAACUUGAACUUAAUGCAAACAGAGCUGACGGCAACCUGCUGAAAUAUCCGAUUCAAUUUAUUGCCAAGUUGCCGGUGUAUGCACUAAUAUUUUUCUUUCCUGUUAUUAUACACAUAAGCGAGCGCUAUUAUUAACUUUUCUUUUAGUUAUUAUGAAUUAUUCAGAAAUAAUAUUUGCAUGAAAUAUUUUUUGCAAAUUUAACAAAUUCUUACUUCAAUUCAAAAAGUAAGGUAUAUCUUUAUGGCUAUUGCAAUAUUUUAAAUCGCUACCGAAUGCAAUUAAAUUGUCAUAAGUUUUUGGAAUGAGUAAAAUUUGAAUAAAUCGGCAUUGUCUGUGAUUGUCGUUUCAAGCAUAUAAAAAUAUUUAAUGAUUAUCGAAGAUUACUUGCGAGUGUUUGUCGAAACUGUUCGGCUGACUUCAAUCGGUCUGUCGGAGAGAGGGCAUGUUCAUACUGAUUGACUGACUCAUUCUGGGCUUUAUAAUACCUUGGACGUGUCGAAGGGCGUAGUGAUAUUAGAAAUACAGCUCUCAAGAAUGCAACGCGACAAUCAUGCCCUCGACUAUUCGACAAUGAUUCGAAAAGCUACAACACGUAUCCAACACAUUUUCGAGCACAAAAGCAAACGAGAAACAUUGCUGCGAGAUAAACAGGAUUACAUGCACCUACACAUCAGCUGAGCAUGUUUCUUCGGGUUUGACUAGGCGGCCGCGAAGAAUUCGCUGCGGACUUGUCUUUGGUCGCGACUCGCGAGGAAUUACCAAGUCCUUUGGAGACACGUCGGAGAAAUUCGGUUGCGGAAAUCUGAAUCUGAACGAACAGCUCACGUCGUAGGAAUUGUCGUCUGUCUCGUCAGUGGGAUGGCCUGAGCCUCGGAGCAAAUCUUCCAUGGACCGUUUACGAAACUCAGAGGAUGACUCGCCACCGCCGUGCAUCUUCCUGGGAUUUCCGCUUCGACGAUGUCACCGGCGGUCCGACGUGAUCAGGAUGAAUUUCGGAUCGAUUCUAGCUCUGAUGAUGCUGAGCACGGCCAGUGUCGCAUCCUUCCACAUGCCCGAAAAGUAUCCUAUAGAGGUCUACCAUAUGUUACAAGAAAGAACGCAGUUCGGGAUUGGACGUGACAAUAGGGUGAGAGGAACUUGGGGUACGUGGAGCGAGUGGAGCGAGUGUUCCAGAUCCUGCGGCACUGGUAUCCAGUCUCAAUCUCGGGAAUGUGUUCCUCUACGGAGACUUUUGAGAAGACGAAGUAUUAUCUCGGAGAACGGUACAAGCAGCGCUAGGCCGAUUUGUAUCGGUACAUAUAAACGCUAUCAUACGUGCAAUACGCAGGAAUGCCCAAACUUUCCAGAAGACCUGCGAGCGGAACAGUGCGCCAAAUACAACGGGAGAAACUACAAGGGUCGCAGUUACGUCUGGGUACCCUUUGUAGACGCGCCAAACUCUUGUGCGCUCAAUUGCCGUGCAGUCGGCGAGCGUUUUUACGCAACGCUUGAACCGGCAGUAAUGGAUGGCACGCCUUGCGACGCUUCGAAUCUUCGCGGACGCGGCGGGAUUUCGAUGGAACGCAAUGACGAGCGGUGGCUCUGCGUCGCCGGACAAUGUAAGCCGGUAGGAUGCGACGGGGUGGUGGGAUCCGGCGCCACAACGGAUGCCUGCGGCGUGUGCGGCGGUCAGGGUAGAGGAUGCAGAUUGUUCGAGGGUAUUUUCAUGGAACCGAUUCUGCCUAAGGGUCAUCAGCAGGUGACCACGAUUCCAAAGGGCGCCAUGUCGCUCAACAUUUCCGAGCUACGAUUCAGCAGCAAUUUUUUAGCGUUGAGAGACAGUAACGGCAGUUACAUCCUAAACGGACCGUGGUCGUACAGUCCCAGUGGUACUUAUAAAGCGGCUGGUACGACAUUAACAUACCAGAGGGGCGAUAGAAACCGUAUGGAGUGCAUCUUGGCGACCGGACCGUUGAACGAGUCUCUACACUUGGAGAUUUUGUCCGUGGAAUUAAAUCCAGGUGUUCUGUACAAAUACAUGCUACCGAUGAGGGAAGUACCGGAUAGUAAAGCAGUGAUUGCACCACCGUUGGUUGUCGCAGGAUCGAAUGAUCGGGGCAACGAAAUACCUAGUCCAGAUACUCACGUCACUGUGCGAGUACCAGUUACAAGAAUAUCGGAUCGGCGAAGCGAUUUAUCUUGGAUGCGUCGCGAUCGCGAUCCGCCGCGUGUGCACGAUGGCGGACGGAAGGAAGAGAUGAAGCAUCCGCCAACCACGGUGAUGGCGGGUGAUCAGCCAAAGUCAAAGGCGACGAGGAAGAAGAGAAGAAGGAAAUUCACUUGGAAGAUAGUCGGUCUCGCUCACUGCUCGAAGAAAUGUGGAGGAGGUGUGCGAACGGCGAUUUUGAAAUGUGUUCGUGAGAGCAAUCAGACACUCGUCAACGAUAAACGCUGUCGGAACGUGGAAAAACCGAAACAUUCUCCUCCGCUGCGAUGCAACGAUCAUCCUUGUAUCGCAAGAUGGCGAGCUGAGCCAUGGAGCGAAUGUUCAGUCACUUGUGGAAUCGGCAGCAGGACGCGAAGACUCGAGUGCGUCCAAGAGUUGAACGCAAGAUUGACAAUGCGCGUGGCUGCUGGUGCAUGCGUCCAACCACCAGAUUUAAAUACGACGGAAACUUGCAACUUGCCAGCUUGUCUCAACCUUUCCAACGUGGGUCCGGCAUUGAGGCAUAUGCAUUCGCAGCACGACUCAUCCAGAUGACUGGGCACGUGGGGCCCGUGCUCAACGACGUGUGGUCGUGGAACACGAAAUCGAACAGUGACUUGCAUAACGUCCGGAGAAUCUUGUUCGUUAACCAACAAACCGGAAGCCCAAAAGGCGUGCGAGACAACAGCUUGUAAUGCGGCGACGGAAAUGGAGCAUCACGCACCCUGGUUGUACUCGGAAUGGUCUUCAAAGUGUUCCACGGAAUGUGGAAACGGUGUGAAGAUCAGACAAGUAGCGUGUGCCGAUGGUAGCGAAUUAUUCUGCAAUCCUAAAGAGCGACCGGACACAGAGACUCAUUGCUUUGGUCGAGAAACGAAUUGCGACCUAGCCAAAUGGUUCGCCAGUCCAUGGAGUUCUUGUUCUGUGUCGUGCGGUGUUGGCGUGCAGCAUCGAGAUAUCGCUUGUGUAGCUAAAACGAAUGACACUUUCAUCGUCUUACCUGCGAAAAAUUGUAGCGAUUCCAAACCAGCGACUGAACAAGUCUGUCGAAUGUCUACGUGUUUGCCGGAAUGGUUCACUUCGGAUUGGUCGAUGUGUUCUGCAACAUGUGGGAUUGGAGUGCAAACACGACUUGUACGAUGUAUCGUCGAGGGUGUCAGUAGCACCAAUUGCUUGGAAAUCGGUAAACCAAGCACGGAACAACGAUGUAACAUGGAACCGUGUAAAAAAGUGGUACCAGUGGCAAAUAAACCGCCGAAAAAAGUGCACGAGUCGUUCGAAUGCAUAGACAAGUAUCCAAAUUGCACUUUAGUAGUGAAGAAUAAUUUAUGCCGAAUCAAAUAUUACAAGCACUCGUGUUGCCAAUGUCGCCAGUAGCCAAGGUAACAGUUUUUCAUUCGUUUAUAACCCUACAAUCAUGAGUAUAAAGUUAGCGCGAGCGAUCGUGAAAUACAAAUACAGUUAUUAUGUUGAAACGGGCAAAUCAUGCCAAACGUAAGACUGCUGCAUGAGACAAAGAGACAACCAUGUAUGUAUGUAAUUUUAUUUAUAUUAUGCGAUGAGAAAUCGUGCGGAUCGCAUUUUCUUAUGUAGGUAUAUGUACUGUAUACUUUCUUCUGCCGAUCACAGAACAGCAUAAUUCUCGCGAAGCGGACACAUUCUCUUUCUUUCUAGAAUUGAAUGUACAGAAUGAAUGUAUAGAACGAAACAUUUAUUUUAACUCUUUGUUUUAACUCUUUGGGUACGUAUUUUCGAGUAAACUUUUAGCGAAAUGUUAAAAUUACUCAAAAUAAGGUAGAAAUAAAGAUCAAAUAAAUAAGUGAAAUAAAACAUUUUGAGAAGGAAUAACAAAUUCCUUAAAUUAAGGACGACAAAUUCUUAUUGAUUCGAGUUGAUCUUCCCGAGAGUAAAUACGAGAAAGUUUAUCGCGCACUGCUAAGCUUUUGUGUAUAAUAUAUUUCGUUGCGUCUUGCAUACGUGUGUUCACAUUUACAUUAUGUCGCGCAUUAUAUUGCGUCACGCAAUUCACGAGUCGAUACUCGUGUUAUCUUGAAUGUAGAUAGAUACAGAGCCGUAAUUUUAUCGGGUCGGAUGCGCGCUUAUUCAAACAAAUUUUUGGCCCUGUCGCCCUGUGUAACAUUUUUUUUAUUUCUGCGUGCUUUUUGUCGAGCGGCACGUUUGUCGCACUCGAGGUGAAUGAAUGCGUGACGACUUUGUAGUAGUUUAAAGACUUACAUCUAAAGAGUAAUGAAGAAAAAAAAACACUAUAUAUAUGUAUAUCUACGUUUUAUAUACCGAAUGUGAUGAGUAUGAAUAAAAUCGCAUUUAAUGUCCGUGCAUAAAAUGUACAUACAUUGGACAUAGCGACAUUUAGUUUUAAAUGUGCGCUGUAAAUGUGGCUAUUAAGAAAAGUUUUUUAUUUAAAAUGCAGAUUUAAUUUAUUGUAACAAAAAAAAUUUCAUGCAUUUAAAGGAAUUUGCCACAUUUUAUUCUAAAAAUAUACAAUGGACACAUUAUAUUGUACUAAAAUGUAGCGUAAAUGAGAAGUGUGCUACUCUUGUGAUAUAAUUCAUGACGAAAUUCUUUGAUCGUGCUAAUUUCAGACAUUAUACGAAUGCUGUGUACCGAACUGUAUCUUUUCAGCAUGUUUUGCGCUUUGAUUAAUUUCUCAUUUUCACAACAAUUACAAAUUAUUUACAUGAA